CACAUCCUCUUUCCAUUCCUUAAUAGUUAAUACCAAACAAUAAUUCCCAAAAUUUUCUGGAAAUCCAAACCCUAACCCUCACUGAAGAAAGAGAUCGAGCCCCAACUCCAUCGCCUCUCAUUCCUCUGAAUUCCAUCCUUGAUGCUUCGGUAGCUGUGUUGAGGACGAAGGAGCCACUUGUAGUAGUGCUUUUCUAGGCUACCGAUCGAUAUGGCGAUGAAACCGAGCCAGGCGGCGGCGCCUGUGCCGGCGCAGCACCAGUCGCAGUCGUCGGAUAAUGAUCGGAGCGGCGGGGAACUGCGGGCGCUGGACUGUAAUCUGGCGUCGCUCUGUGAUCAUAUUCAGAUGGAGGGCUUCAAUUCUGGGGUUUUCUCGGAUGUGGUAGUGCAAGCAAUGGGAUCCACUUAUCAUUUACAUCGGCUCAUUCUGUCUCGGAGUUCUUACUUUAGAAACAUGCUUCAUGGGCCUUGGAAAGAAGCUGAUGCACCAACUUUGAUCUUGCAAAUUGAUGACCCUAAUGUUAAUUCAGAAGCUAUCACAAUGGCUUUAGCAUAUCUGUAUGGGCACCAUCCUAAGCUUGAUGACAACAAUGCCUUCCGUGUUCUUGCGGCUGCUUCCUUUCUUGAUCUUCAGGAUUUAUGUGCCUUUUGUACGGAUUUCAUCAUCUCCGAGCUCUGGACUUCAAAUUUUUUAGCAUAUCAGGUGUUUGCGGAGAGUCAAGAUUACGGUAUCCAUGGAGAACGUGUUAGAAAUGCUUGUUGGGGCUACCUUUGUCAAAGUGGUACUAUAGAGUUGAGAGAGGUACUGCCUAAACUUUCUUUACAAACUCUACAUGCCCUUCUUACAUCUGAUGAACUUUGGGUAUCAAAUGAAGAAAGAAGGUUUGAACUGGCUUUAUACACACUACUCUCAAGAAGUUCUGUUGCCGAGGCAGACCAUUCAGAACAAGCUUCCUCUAGUUCUGAGACUGAAAUGUCAACCACUUCAGCAGUAUUAAAAGAGAAGGCUGAAAUCAUUGGAGGGAAACAAGUGUUGGAAUCAGAGUUUCAGAGCUUUGGCAUUGAGGAUAACUUAGAAGAACAUAAGGCUGCUCAUAAUAUUCUCGCUGAGCUUGCAGACUGGGUAGUAGAUGUUCACACUGAUGUUUCUUAUUCCAAGCAAGUGAAAGGGCCUCAAACAACACUAUCUCAACCAAUGCUGGAUUCACGGUAUUGCCUCAAGACAGAGCUGUCUGCAGCCCCGACAACUUUUGCUGAACCAAAUACUGUUAGCGAAUCUAGUUCUUAUGUUGAGAUGAACAAUGAUACUGAAGCAACCAGAAUGGCAAGAGUUGGGGUUGCCAAGGAAGGACCAUCUGGAGAAAACACCUCCUAUCAUCUAAAUAAUUCCAUGUGGCUCCCAAGGGACCAAUCAAGAGAAUACUCCCUGACAAGCUCUGCAAGGAAUGGAGUAGUGCCUAAUGAUUGGGGAAGAUGCAACAUGCCACCUAUAUGGGGUGGUAGAACAGUGGGUAGCAGACAGGUUAAACUUUCUAAAGGGAAAUGUGGGAUACCAAGUGAAGUCUACGAUGCAUUUAUUAAUAUCUUUGAAGGUGGUUCAAUUUUAUACUCUAACAUGUCCUUUGAGGCACUUCUAAAUGUUCGAAAACAGCUGGAAGAACUAGGAUUUCCUUGUAAAACAGUGAAUGAUGGCCUUUGGCUACAGAUGCUGCAAUGUCAAAGAGUUCAGGCUAUAGGUGCUGAUACCUGCAAAAGUUGCUGCCUUACAAGCAUUGCAUGUGCCUGUAGGCAGACAUAUGGAUAUUCACAUGGAGGAACAUCAUUUAAUUAUUACAGACAGGAGCAUGAUCGAAACAUCCAUGGCAGUAUGAGAACUGUAUAUGUUGCUGAUGCUCAAGGUGAUGGUAAUAGCUUAUUUGGUCCGGUACGAGUCCAAGUUCGGGGUGCUAUUGAUGGACUUGCUGGCAUUGGACGGGGCACCACAUUUGUACCAGGUGCAGCUUGGCCUCCAACGCGUUAUGUCUUUUCUCGUGUACCUUUGGGUCUUGGUAACCGGAAUUGCCAGCAAUCACUUGCUAAUGAUGAGUCAGAAGGUAGAGUUGACCUUGCAGGCGAACUGUCAGGAGAUGGCUUGACGGCUUUGGUGGGGCUUAGCCAGGGGAACAGUGUUGGUCAUAUUCACACAGAGCAAACAGAGAGAACGUAUGAAUCAGAUCUGCAAGGAAGAUUUGGUGCUUCUGCUUCUCUUCCAAGUUCCAGUGGCCUUCCUGUGCAGAUCUUGGAUUCACAAGAGCAAGCGGUUGGAGUAGACUGGGAAAGUUCUGAAGGUUCUUCUAUAUCUUUGGAUUUGAAAACACCGCUACGUCACUUCCCUCCUUUUCGCUUUGGGGUAGAAUUUGAAGAUGUUCACAGGCUUGCUGAUGGGCAAGUGAAGCACUCCCCUGAUGUUUUUUAUGCUGGCUCCCUGUGGAAGGUUAGUGUUCAAGCUUUCAACGAUGAAGAUCCUCAAGGCCGUCGGACUCUGGGGUUGUUCCUCCACAGGCGGAAGGCUGAGUUAGCAGAUUCUCUUAGAAAGGUUAAUAUGUACAUCGAUUCUAGGGAGAAGGUUACAGCCCGGUAUCAGUUGAUCUGCCCCUCAAAGAGAGAAGUCAUGGUUUUCGGAAGCUUUAAGCAGGCAGGCACUCUUUUACCUAAAGCUCCCAAAGGAUGGGGAUGGCGCACCGCAAUCCUGUUCGAUGAACUCCCUGAACUCUUACAAGGCUCGACCUUGCGCAUUGCUGCUGUGGUACAGCUUGUGUAGAGAACCAAACGGUUCUCUGCCGUUAAAGUGUCAUCGCCAUUGCCAUGCAAGCAUACUUAAUUCUCCGCUCUCAAUGUUCACAGCAUGUACUCUGUUUUGCCGAUCCCUGGAGUGCAGAAAAUCGCUCAAUUCUCCGCCACUGCAACGUUAAUAGACCAUGCUUGUAAUUGUAAAUGUUCGGCGAUGCAACAAGAACUCAUAAUGUACAUGCGUUGGGUGUGUUUGAACUAUUUGGCAAGUUAGGUUU